AUGGGCCUUCAACCACAGGAGCUACCGCUCCAAGCGGAUGCCGAGCGUCCUGACUUCAUGAACCCCGCGGUCUUUCGCAGAAACACCCUCCCCGCACGUUCCUACCACAUCCCCUCGACAUCUGUACUUCUCAAUGGAGCCUGGGAAUUCAGCAUGUCGCGAUCGCCCCUGGAGGCGCCAGAGCCCAGCGAAGAGCCAUUGGAAGACUGGUCCAGCAUUAAUGUUCCAGGUCACUGGCAGUUACAAGGAUGGGGAAAGCCAAAUUAUACCAACACUCAAUUCCCGAUCCCUGUGUGUCCACCUUUCGUCCCAACAGAGAACCCCACGGGCACAUACCGUCGGAAAUUCGAGGUACCCGCCGAAUGGCAGUCGAAUGACAUGGAGAUUCGGUUGCGCUUCGACGGUGUCGACAGCGCGUACCACGUCUGGGUGAACAAGACUUUAGUCGGGUAUGCGCAAGGGAGCCGAAAUCCGUCCGAGUUCGAUGUCACGCCCUUCUUGCAGCAAGGCGAGAAUGAAGUCUUUGUGCGAGUGUACCAAUGGUCGGAUGCCACAUAUAUUGAAGACCAGGAUCAGUGGUGGCUAUCCGGAAUCUUCCGAGAUGUGAACUUGAUUGCAUUGCCUGCGAAGAAUCGCUUGAAUGACUGGUUCAUUCGUACGGACCUCGAUUCGGAAUAUACCAAUGCGACACUUCAUGCGACAAUUGAUUACCAGGUUUCUGGGACAGGUACCAUUGCUCUCAAUUUAAUUGAGUCAGUCAAAGGCGAAAGCCAGAUCAUUGGCUCUGCCGAGUGGGGCGUAGAGUCUACGGCGACUACAAUCGAUCUGAGCUUGCCUGUCGCUGAUCCCAAGAAGUGGACCGCUGAGCGGCCUUAUCUGUACGAGGUGGAGAUGAUCCUGACCACACCCGACUCCAAGAAAUUCAGAACUACACAGCGCAUUGGAUUCCGCAAGGUUGAGCGCAAAGAUGGCUUGAUCACCGUGAACGGAAAGGCAAUCCGUCUUCGUGGAGUCAACAGGCACGACCACCAUCCUCUUUUGGGUCGUGCCGUGCCGCUGGACUUUAUGAAGAAGGACCUGCUUCUCAUGAAAGCCCACAACGUCAAUGCGCUUCGGUGUAGCCAUUAUCCCCCAGAUGCUCGACUUCUCGAUUUGGCCGAUGAGCUGGGCUUCUGGGUCAUUGAUGAGGCAGAUCUCGAAUGCCAUGGCUUCUAUGAUGCCGUUGCACGUCCAAUGGAUAUGGACGAGACCUUGGGCUACGAGGAGCGCAAGGCAAUGACAUUCCCCAAAUGUGCUGUCCACACAUCAGACAAUCCUGCCUGGCGGGAAGCCUACGUUGACCGCGCUCACUCCCUGAUCCAGCGAGACAAGAACCACACCAGUGUCAUCAUUUGGUCUAUGGGAAAUGAAGCUUUCUUCGGCACAUGCCACCGGUCUAUGGUGGAAUAUGCGAGGGCCUUUGAUAAUACCAGACUGGUUCACUACGAGGGUGAUGUUGAUGCAGAAACCACCGACAUGUUCAGCUACAUGUAUCCCGAGAUCAACCGACUCCGAGCUUUGGCGGCCAGCGAGGGGGUUAAAGAUGGGAAAUUCGACAAACCAAUCAUUCUCUGUGAAUACGCCCACGCCAUGGGUAAUGGCCCUGGUCUGCUUGCCGACUACGAGAAAUGCUUUGAUGAAAUUCCCCGCCUGCAGGGUGGAUUCAUUUGGGAAUGGGCUAAUCAUGGUUUGUGGGUUGAGGGAAAGAAUGGUAAGGAUGGCUUCUAUGCUUACGGUGGCGACUUCGAUGACUAUCCGAAUGAUGGAACCUUCGUGAUGGAUGGUCUAUUGAACAGUGUCCACGAGCCUCUACCGGGUUUGUUGGAGCUGAAGAGGGUCUUGGAACCCGUGAAGCUUGAAGUUCGUGGACAAACUUUGUCCAUUAAGAACCGUUACGACUUUUUGGAUACACGUCAUCUCCAGGCUUCAUACAAGCUUGAAGCAUUUGGCGAACAACCAAUUGUCCUGGCAAAUGGAGUGCUGGAACUACCCGUUGUACGUUCCGGGGAAACGGCCGAGAUAAACCUCCCGACAGAGCUUUUCGAGCACGCCGCUCAUCCAGCAUACUUGACUGUUAAGCUGGAGCAAAAGGAAAAGGUCGAUUGGGAUCAAGGGACUUUCACCGUUGCCUGGACCCAGGCAUUGGUGUCAGAGCCAACAGAAAAUGCUCCAGUUGACAGCACAACUUCCACAAAUGGUGCUCGAGAUGAAGUUUCCACGAAAUCCACCAAAACAGUUGUAUCAAUCAGUGGGCCAAACUGGUCUUUCGAGUUUGAUCGGGUCCGAGGCCAUCUCAAGAGAUGGACUCACAACUCGACAAGCCUUCUUGAGCCUGACAGCACCACAGGACUUGCUAUGAUCCCUGGGUUCUGGCGUCCUCCCACUGAUAACGACGUACCCUCAGCAGCGCCGUACUGGAAGCGAUUCGGAGUGAACAAUCUCACCAACCAGCUUCGAUCUUUCGACACAUCCUCAACAGCCGACGGAGGCGUUUGCAUCGAGAGCGAAACUUUCCUUUCGCCCCCAGUUCUUUCUUGGGGAUGGAAAUGUCUCGCACGCUACAUCGUCAAGCCAAAUGGCUCCCUGUCCAUCAGCAUUAGCUUGAAGCCCACAGGAGCCGCACCAAAGACUGUCCCCCGUGCCGGUCUGAAUCUUCGCGCAAACCCCGCCCUGCAGUCAGCUCGUUGGCUGGGACUAGGACCUGGAGAAUCUUAUCCCGAUAAGAAGGCUGCUCAAUCAUUUGGCCUGUGGGACAAUGACAUCGCGGGCCUGGAAACGGUCUACGACAUCCCACAGGAAAGUGGAAACCGCACAGACACCGCUUGGGUGGAACUUCGUGCUCUCAAUGGGACAGGCUUCCGAGCGAGCCCUCAAGGGCCUACGGUAGUUACUGGCGGAGAGGAAAGUUUGAGUUGGAAGGCUAGCCGGUACUCUAAUGAGGCUGUUGAGGCAGCACGACACCCUUGUGAUCUUGCUGAGGACGAUGUGCUGUUUGUGAGACUGGAUGAUCAAGUUGCUGGUGUUGGAACUGCGGCCUGUGGCCCGGGGCCCAUGGAAGAGCAUUUGGUCAAGGUGCAAGAUAUCACUCUCAGCAUGUUGCUGGAACCUGUGUCUUUGUAA